CAUUUGUAAAGAAAAUUGCUACGGUUUAGAAUACGCAUUUCUGUGAUUUAUUUUAAUAAAUUUACGUGGAUUUCUAAAAUAUAAUGGCUGAUUUAGAUAAAUGGAUUGAGAUAGUAAAGGAAUGUAAAUACUUGCCAGAAAAUGACUUGAAAAAACUGUGCGAUCUUGUAUGUGAAAUACUAUUGGAAGAAUCAAACAUACAACCCGUCAGCACUCCAGUUACAGUAUGUGGUGAUAUACAUGGCCAGUUUUAUGACUUGGAAGAGCUAUUUCGUACAGGCGGACCCAUACCAGAUACUAAUUACAUAUUUAUGGGUGAUUUUGUAGAUCGUGGUUAUUACAGUUUGGAAACGCUCACACGUCUGUUAACUUUAAAGGCUCGCUAUCCAGAUCGCAUUACUUUGUUAAGAGGCAAUCAUGAGUCACGUCAAAUCACAAAGGUGUAUGGUUUCUAUGAUGAAUGCUUUAGCAAAUAUGGCAAUGCUAAUGCCUGGAAAUAUUGCUGCAAAGUAUUUGAUUUAUUGACUAUAGCAGCUAUUAUUGAUGAGGAAGUUCUUUGUGUACAUGGUGGUUUAAGUCCCGAAAUCAUUACGCUUGAUCAAAUACGUACCAUUGAACGUAAUGGCGAAAUUCCCUAUAAAGGUGCUUUCUGUGAUUUAGUUUGGUCUGACCCUGAGGAUAUGGAUUAUUGGGGUGAAAGUCCGCGAGGAGCUGGUUGGCUAUUUGGGCAGUUGGUUACCAAAGAUUUUAUGCAAAUCAAUAAUUUGGAAUUAAUAUGCCGUGCCCAUCAAUUGGUUAAUGAAGGCAUCAAAUAUAUGUUUGAUAGCAAAUUAGUAACAGUAUGGUCUGCUCCUAACUAUUGUUAUCGUUGCGGUAAUGUGGCGGCCAUAUUAAGUUUUCAAACAGCAAAGGACAGAAGAGCCAAAAUAUUCGUGGCAGUACCAGAAACAGAUCGUGUGAUACCACCACAUAAUAUAACGCCCUAUUUUCUAUAAACAAAAUACAAAGGUAACGUACAAUAUAGUUGAACAAAACAAAAAACAAGAAGACAUUUAUAAAUUUAGCAUAAAAUGCUUAUUCAUUUUGUAUAAUUUAAAUAAAAAAAAAACUACAACCAUAUCUUAUUUAAUGUUAUAAUAUAAUGAAAAUUUGAAGUAUUUUGUUUUGCUACUAGCUUAUUAACAAACAAAUAAGUAAGAAAAUGAGAACGAAGCCUAAAACCCCGAACUAAAUAAUUUUUUGUAUUACAACGAUAUUGCCUCGUUGUUCAUUUUUUAAAUAUUGAAAUGUUGUUCAAUUUUAUUUGAUAUAAAAAUAUAUAUUAAUAAAGUAAAAAAUAGUUAAAAUCCAACAAAA